AUGGAGAUGGAUGACGAUCCAGAUCCCGAGAUGCCACCGAGUGGGACGCCGACGCAUCCCAUCGAGAUUUUUGACGGAUCGUCUUUUCACGGUUCGCCAUACAGGGGUCCCGACAGUUUUGCUGAGAGAUGGGCCACAUACCCCUGGGAGUUCACUCCCCCUUUCAACCCACAACAUCAGCAGCAGCAGGAUCCCUCUGAGGAUUCGCGUUUCCAGGCGGAUACGCCACCACCGCAGCCAGAACAACAACAACCUCCAGAACCAUCGAGGCGAAGAAGAUCAGGUGCACGGAUGUCCGUGCAAGAGGGUUUCCACUUCAGCACCCCCCAACAUAGCAGCAACAGCCAUUACCCGCCGUUGUAUGAAGACCUACAAAUGGGUGGGCCUUCAAACCCAGUUUCAGAGGUCGACUCUCUGCCAGUCGCACCACCACCACACAUGGGUUUUGAUAACCCAAUACCUUCUCACGCCGGUGCAGCGGCGUAUAACCCUUUUGAGCAGCCAGCCUAUUCUGGCUACACCUACUACAAUGCCCCUGAUGUUGACCUAUAUCUCGUGGCGGCAAACUACAACGCUCUUCACCCUGAAGGGCCCUUUCAAGCUAAGUAUCCAACUGGGUACCCGACCUAUGGGUAUCAAUACCCGCCAAGUCCUCAACCUCUGCAGCAGCCGCAGCCGCAGACGCCACAGAUCCAACCACCGCAGCAGCAAGAGAUCCUUCAGAGGUUGAACCAUGUGGAGCGGGAUGUUCAAGAGGAGCGUAGAAGCCGCCGGGGUCUACUCAAAGGUUUGGUUGACCUAAUCAAGGGGAAGAAGAAAAGGGAUUAUUGA